AAUUUUUCUGCACGAUCCAGUGAGCUUUAUGGCGGUAGUUCGGCCUGAUCUCUUCACGUACCGGAAGGGCGUAGUGAGGGUGGAGACUCAGGGCAUCUGCAUUGGCCACACCCUAAUGGACCAAGGCCUUAAAAGGUGGAAUACAAGCAACCAUGGACUGGAUAAUCGCCUGUGGCAGUUGUUGCAUUUCAUCGAUACCACUAGAAUCAAUUCACGC